AUGGCCAACUCAACAACUCCUGCUGACCGGCAUCCCUGGAGGAUUGCCCCGAAGCAGACAAACAUGAGCUGCCUUGCCGGUAAGCAAAUAAUGCUCCUUCGCAGCGGAAUCCUCCAAGUUCACGUCGACAAAGACGACGAUAUGGUCACCUUCCACAUCCACAUCUCCGUUGCCUGCAAAUACUCCAGCUUCUUCCGCUCAGGCGUCAUCUGGGCCUGGGUCCGAUCUACUGGCGACGUUGUCAACCUCCCAGACUACGAGCCCGACACGUUUGAACUCUACCUACAGUGGGGUUACAAGAACACCCUUCCUGUCAGCGAAGAAUCGGAAGAGAAACCAGAGUACUGCGACCUACUUCUCCUGGCCAAGGCAUACAAGCUGGGCGCGUACCUAGCCGACACUUUCUUACAGGACGCCGUGGCGGACGCCUUAAUGCAUAGAAUGUAUGCGAAGAGGGAGACCUGGGGUCGAUGCAAAGGCUGUCGGUGGAAGUUUGUAGCGUAUUUGUAUAAUAAGACCGGCGCGAGUUCGCCUAUUCGCCAUCUUCUGGUCAGCAUGCUGGCAAGCAAUGGCUAUCUGAGGUGGGAGCAGCCGGUCUGCCCAAAGAGUUUCUGUCUGAUUUGUUGA